AUGCCCCCGCAGCAGUGUGUGCAAUACCGCGAGGGGAGUGCAAUCCUGUUAGUCCGCGGGUGCUAUUUUAUUUCACACCUACACGCCAGCAAGCUGGUGAGGGCAUUACCCUAUCCGCCACCCUGGGGACGCGCCGUGCCGGGGUUACAGGUGUCCCCUGCUAGGCUUCCGUGGAAACCCAGCGCAACACGGAGUAGUGGUGGUAGUAGUGGUAGUAGUGAUAGUAGUAGUGGUGGUAGUAGUGGUAGUGGUAGUAGUGGUAGUAGUAGUGGUAGUAGCAGUGGUAAUGGUAGUGGUAGUAGUAAUGGUAGUGGUAGUAAUGGUAGUAGUAGUGGUAGUAGUAGUGGUAGUAGUAGUGGUAGUAGUAGCAGUGAUAGUGGUAGUAGUAGUGGUAGUAGUAGUGUAAUAGUGGUAGUUGUAGUACUAGUUCUAGUUAACGCUGCAGUUGCAUUCGUUGUUAUUGAUUCUAGUGAUAACAACAGCAACAGCUACAACAACAACAACAGUAACAACACCAAGAGCAGCAGCAACAGUGACAACUAA